AUGACGAAAAAGAAAGCCAUUCGAGUGGGCCAUCGAGGAGCCGCGAGGAGAUUAAUUUCAAAGAUUGAAGAGGAAUUAGAGAAAGAAACAACACAACGCGACGAAAUAGAAAGCCUAUGUGAAACCUUGAAGAAAAAGAGGGAUAUUCUUUCGGAACUUGAUAGUGAAAUUUUAGAGGAGAUUGCAGAGGAAAACAUGGAAGCAGAGAUAGAAGACUCAGAUCGGUAUGUUUUAGAUAUAGAACGAAUUUUGACAAAAGUACGCAAUUCAUCAAGUUCAAAACAGAAAAACAAAUCAAAUGAAACUAGCUCUAAUCAGAACUUGAAUCCAAAUGCAGCAUAUUUUGUGUUUAUCAACUCCACAUCUACAUACGAAAAACAAUUAUUACGAUGUGGUGGCCCCCGUAUAGACAAUGCGACAGUAGGAGAAACAGUCAAGUUUCCAUAUCUGUUACCGGCAAAGGACCGUCUUACACAUUUUAUAGUGUUAAAAGCACAUGAGAACACACUACAUUCAGGAAUAAAUAUCACUCUAGCAUAUAUACAACAAACAUUUUGGAUUCCGAAAUUAAGACAGUGCGUGAAAUCUAUAGUGAUGAAAUGUGUAACGUGCCGAAAAGUAAUCGGAAAAUCUUAUUCCGCACCAGAAAUUCCACCAUUACCAAAAGAGAGAGUUCAAGAUGCCACACCCUUUAGCAUAACCGGUGUAGUCUUCACAGGAGCGCUAUCAAUAAGGAACAGUCACAACGAAGAAUCGAAGGCUUACAUUUGCCUAUUUACAUGUGCUGUCACUCGAGCAGUACAUUUGGAAUUAGUUUACGAUCUCAGCGAAGAAUCUUUUUUAUUGUGUUUCCGGAGAUUUGUAAGUCGACGAUCAGUGCCGAAAAUAAUGAUGUCAGAUAAUGCGCUAACAUUUAAAGCUGCUUCAAACGAAAUUUGA